CCCCCUCCCUUGAAAACCAUCUUUCUUCUUCGCCUUCUCCCCUCCCAGUUCCUCGUCAGAUCCACAGGGCCAGAUUUUUAUCGCUUUUCUGCGAGUCCUGCGAGGGGAACCUUGAGGGUCUCAGUGGGAUCAAUUUAAAAGGGAAGCGCUUGUCUCUCCUCCUCUCCUUGGCCCUCUCGGCUGAUUGGGUCCGCUCGCCAGAAACUUGCAGGCUUUUGAUCUCAACCGCCCCCACCCACCCUCUGCUCGAAAGUUUUUGUCGGAGCUUGGCUCUAAAAAAAAAAAAAAAGAGAAAAAAAUCCUGUUCCACUUUCUGAGAAAUGAGGGCCCCAUCCCCUUUCUCUGCACCUGCGAGAGAGAGAGUGAAAGUUUUGUAAACCCACUGGGUGGUACUCACAAUCUAUGGCGUGAUUGACUUCUCCUUUGAAGAUGUGAGAGCGAUUCGUCUCUUCAGGUGGAGGUAUGCCGAAGAGGACCCGUGGUCCUCGGGCAGCUCGCUUGAACAACCCGGUGAGAAGUUGCUGGGAGCCGCGAUGCAUAAUUCACACCGUGUGGGGAUCGGCUCUCUGUGUUACAAAGAGGAGAAAGGUACGAGGUGGUGCCUGGGAGCGUUCCCAUGCUGAGCCUUCGUUGAAGUCGCUCCCUCCUUUGUACGACAUGAAGGAACGGUGACCCCGCAGCAAGAGGGACUACAUUAGACUACAAUAACCAACCAGGGAGUGCUCUUUUCAGGCUUUUAUGUUCCUGUUGGAAACCUAGAGCGCCGUUCAUGGAUAAUCCACGUUUAUUACAUUACAUAUUAUAGACUUAUUUUACUAUUUUUCACCAUCAUUCCAAUCGGUUAUGAUGUUGUACUCCGCAAAGUAAUUACUGAGAUCCGUUGAAAGUGAUGUCACGGCAGUUUCACAUGGCGUUGCUACGGCGAUCAGCUGAGAAUCCAGCCCACACUGAUGCUUCUUUGACAGCAAAGCGGCUGAACUAUUUGUGACAGUCGCGUGGUCCAAGUUACAAAAAAUCAGAGGUGCACGACCCAGCACCGUGACCACUUUUUGGGAAUAAGGGGAAAAAAAACUGAAUAUUUUGUGCAUUUAAACGUAGUCAGUGAGUGGAGCUGAGCAGAGCCACAACAUGCAGUGAAAAUGAGGCAUAUGUAUGGAAUAAAACCCAGACCGUAUCCUCAGUAGAAGAAGGCCAAUUUCAUGAAAAUAAGACCCAAGUUGUAAUAGAUAUAAAGAAACAACAUUUUUCAGGCUUAGCUUAAAGUCUGCAGCAAGUAAUAUUUCUUCAGCGUAUGAUUAUGUGAGUCUGUUGUGUAAUAGAGGUGGUUUUCUGAGGAAUGGGCAGUAGAAACACCUCCUCCUCCUCCUCUGUCUCCUGCCAGGUCACUGGAGGUCAAAAAGGCCCUACCUCACUGACCUCUCGUCUCUUGGGAAAACUCCAGUCACGACUCUGGCUAAAUUCACGAAGAAUUUUAAUCCCAACGUGGCCACAGUGUUUUUUAGUGCUUUUUGUUUUUUCAGGCGGCGUCAAAAGAACAUCACCCGGUCUCUUGCCAGCUGGCUGGAACCUGCAGCCGUCGUCUCCGCCGCCGAGCCUCUCGGAGAGGAACCUGAAGGUUCGAGGCGGUUCGGUUACGGGCGCCUCUCUCGCCGUUAAGCAAAACACCCCUCAUUUUCAAGGCUCCUGAGUCCCUCGGUGAUGACAUCACCGGUGUAGUUGUGCACUAAUUGAGGUUUAAUGCUAGAGUAGAGAGAGCAGGGCUGUAAUUUUCCCGCCCCGGCCUGGAAUAGAGACGACAGCUUUUCAUGUGGUCCGGGUCUAAUUUAGGCUGCGCUGCUGCAGCUGUGGGACACCUCACACUUUUAUGCUUCUCAUUCUGCCUAGAAAUAAAAAAUAUAUAUAUUAUGGAAAAAGCAGUUUGUUUAUACAGUGAUGUACAGGACAUGCCCAGACUUAGACGUACAGUAGUAGUGCUAGUCGAUACACUGUUGCUAAGACAUUUGAAGACUUUUCAUCCAACAAAACACUGACCUGGAAAUUGGACAUUUUUUUCCAGUGCCUGUUGCAAAACCACCAACGUUCCCAAGUAAGCCUCGAAGAAAUAAAUCCAUCCCCACCACCUCUGCCUAAAAACCGCUCUCCCUCUGAAUGUAAAGCGACAAUGUAAAGCAACACAAAUAGGCCCAAUGUAGGUGGAGGAGGGGGUGUAAUGUGGAGAGUGGCAUUCUGUGUGUCAUUACGCUGGCAUGUCCACAGAGCCUGGGCGUAAUGACAUCCAGGCAAACAAACAAACACGCGUCAGACGCACAGCUCUUUAUCCCUGCCGCCAUAUCGAGGCCCGUUUGAAGUGGAAAGCUUUAAUCACAAGUGUAAUCAUUGACAUUGCUAGCUGGUUACUGGACUGAGAGAGGGGGGGCACCACUGUCGAGGCCUGUGGGAACAUCUGAUAGCAGCAGGAGACCAGACAAGCUUAGGACUGUGUGACCGUUACACUCUGUCUCUGGGGACAGACUAGAGACGGCUUGAUGUUCCUUUUUCUUUCUUUCUACUUGUUUACUUCUGAAAGCAAAAUACUGACGUCAUUAUUGAUGCCAUGACCAUUAGAGAAGUAACCUGCAGCCCGUUUUUAUAGACGUACAAGUGGUACAUUUAGUAAAGUAAUGUACUUUAGCACAGACUUGAGGUACUUGUGCUUUACUUGAGUAUUUCCAUUUUAUGCUACUUUUACUCCUCUACAUUUCAGACGGGACUAUUGUACUCUUUUACUUCAUUACAUUUAUUUAGACUUAAGUCAUUGAGAUUAUUAAUACAAAAUAUAAAAAUAUAACUAUAAGUUAGCUAAUCAUUGUUGAUGUAUUCUAGGGGAUUAGGCUAACCAGCAGUAUAUUAAGUCAUUCAUAUUCGCUCCUACUUUACCAGCUGCAACAUUUAAGUGAUGAACACAUUAAUAAUUGUAUUCCAACGAUAUACAUUAUUCUGAAAUACUUUUACUUUUGUUACUUUUCAGUAUACUUUGAUGCUAAUGCUUUGUACUCUUACAUGAGUAUUUAUACAGCGUGGUACUUUUUACUGAGAUAAACUAGAGAUGCCUGCCGUCACAAAUGUGUCCUAACAUAUGCUAACAGAUUGCACCAUGAGAAUAACCAAGGUAUGUUUCAUCAUUCAAACCACAGAAUUGUCCAAUGUGCGAACUCUUGGAGCUGAUCCAAACAUCACUCACGGAGAGAUGUGAUGAAACAGAAGCUGCUUGGCAGCGGGUCGCUGUGAUCAGCCCUCGUACGGAGGAGUUUGGGGAGUGUGGAGAGGGGGGGGACAGGACCACCACGUGGGCACCACCCAGAAAGAGGAGCAGCUGAGGAGGGAGGAUCAUCCAAUCGUUGGUAGCCAGUGAGUCCAGCCUUUCAGAUGAAGAGCCUUCAGUUCCGGAGCAUCGCCCCCAAGGCCCCGGCCGUGGUGCCCUCCCCCUCCCCUGCGGUCCUGUCCUGCCAGCCUCCCUCUGCCCUCCCUGAGGCUACCACCGCCUCCAGCCCCAAGUCCAUCAUUGUGCCCACCCAAAACUAUGCACUGAUGCAAAUAGCAGGUCAGGAUGGCACGUUCUCUCUGGUGGCACUGCCCCCCUCUGUGUCCUCUCAGACACCACAGCAACAACAGCAACACACCCAAAAGAACCUCAAGUUGCCCAUUCCCAGAUACCAGCCAAUGAGGAGCAAGGGGACCACAGAUAAGGUCAAGUCACCACCACUAUCUGCUAGGGUGAAAACAGCCUCCAAGGUUGCUGUGACGGCGCAAACUAAGUCAGUUGUAAGUGGGGCAUCAACAGUGAUGAAGAAAAAACAGCAGGGGUGCAAGCACACAAAGGAAACCCUAGUGCCCAAAGAGGAGCCUUCAGAGCAGGUCAUUCUGAUUGAACCAGCCUCCUCUGACAUCUCUGUCACUGCUCUACUCCCAGACAAUGCUGUCCUGUACCCGGGUUCUCAGUUAGAGCGAGCACAAGAUGGCUCUGAACUACCCACUACAACUAGUCUUAUUCAGAAUCUCCAGUACCCCCCCGCUGCUGUCAAAGGCUCUCCAGGCAAAUCCCAGGAAGAAAGUAAGACUACACUGAGGCUGUGCCCAUCUAAGUCAGCUGCAGCCCAGCCCCAGAGCAGUAUCACUGUCCUGUCCUCAGCCAUUUUCAGCAAAGCAGUGCAGAUUAUCCCGUCCCCACCUAAAGGUAAACUGCCCAUUCUGCCCUACUCUAAAAUGAAAAGUACCCUUAUCCCAGCUGCCAAGCUCAACAAUUUGUCACCAGAGAAGAAAGGUUUCUCUUGCCAGACUGGACUCACCAGCCCCUUAGAUCCUACAUCCAAGACCCUCGAGACAGCUGACGCCUUGGGUCACAACCAGGUGCCAAAAUCAACUCUACAGCCCCAGGCCAAGACUACACUCAUGCCUGUGUUGGGAACCCUCCAGAAACCACCUGGCAAGAAGAGGGGGAGGAAGAGAAAGACCAUGGAAGACAUCUUGGCAUUUGAGGCGAGAAAGAAGAGGUCUUUGUCUUUCUUCCGUAGGAGGGUCCCAGAGAAACCACCAGCAGUUGUUCCAGGCUCCAAACAAAAGGAAGUUGAUAUUUCAAAGAAGUACCGCAGCAUCCGACCCAAGCCCAUGUUGGUUAUGGAGACAGUUCCCCAACUGGUUAGUUUGCCUGCCAUUACGCCAGAUGGCCAAGAACAGGACCUCGUUCUUGGUCAUCAGCUACCCACCACUACCACAACCAAGGCCCUGGACUGUCCUCCCCAACCAGCCCCAGUAACCCUCCACCUGAGAGGUGCCUCCCAUUCGCGAGUGUUCAUAGGCAGCCGUCCACUCCACCGUUGCCCCACCUGCAGCCGCUGUUUUCAAUUCAAGCAUCACCUCCAGAGCCACAUGAACAGCCACACUAACAGCCGGCCCUACGUCUGCCCAGUCUGCCGCAAAGCGUACGCUCACUCUGGCAGCCUGAGCACCCACAUGAAGCUUCACCACUCCGAGGUACGCCCACGUCGGUCGCUGAGCUGCGAGUUCUGCGAGAAAUCGUUUGGAUAUGUGGGGGUUUACUUCAGCCAUUUGAGAGAGGUCCACAAGGUGGUGCUGACCGUGGAGCCGUCCAUCAGCCACCAUGAGAACGACCCGUCUGUGGAGGGGGCCAACUUCCCAGAGCCAUCAGAUGAGCAGGAUCGCGAAGACCCGGUGGAGCUGCAGAUUAAAUGUGGCCGCUGCCAGGCCAUCACUCCCACCUUUGCUGACAUGAAGAUGCAUUUACUGCAUGUGCAUGGGGAGGAGGUCCAGGUUCCAUUACAUGAUGGCCAAUCGGUGCGGGUUGGCCGCGAGGCUGAGAAUGAGCUAGUAAAGCAUGCUGCCCACUACUGGCGACAGCUCAACGAGAAGCGCAACCUGGUCAAGUGCGGCAGCUGCGACGAGGAGUUCAUUUCCUUUUCCAAGCUUAAGAGGCACAUCAUGUGCCAUCACCGUGGAAGGGAGGGGGAGGACAGCGAGACCCUCUCAUCACCAGAUAGGGGUGGAGGCCUUGGAGUCCUUGCAGCAGGUGCGGCCUUCAACUGUGUGCUUUGCAGCGAGGUGUUGGACAGUAAAGAGGGGGUUAUGGAGCACUGGAGGAGUCGCCACCACUGUGAGCAGCCCAACGUUCUGUGGCAAGCACUGAGCUCCUACUCUGGCCAGGAAGAGGCUGAGGCGGAUGGGGACCUGGACACUCCUGCUCCAAGCCCACACUAUCCCGCCUAGCCCUUAGAUGGGCACUGAGCCCUUACGGUGACUCCUUUCACACACUCAGUCCUAACAAACGGCAUCACAGGGAUGGAGAGUUUCUGUUAUGUCUUUUGUCACGAGUUUCAUCUCUCACCAGUUGAGGGUUUUGACUUGGUCCAAAAAAGAAAAUGGUAAAAGAAUAUCAAGCCAAUGGUGAAAAUUGAUCUUAGUGUUACAAUUCAUAAGGGAUAGUAUCUCAAGGUCAGAGAAUCCAAUUUUAUAGGUAAUAUUAUUUUUCAUGUUUUUUUGAUUGCACUGUUUUGUUUUUGGACAUUUUGUUUGGAUGUAUGUAUUUAAUAUCCUGGGGAUUAUUAUUUUCUACUGCUUAUUUAAAUCUUGUUCAAAGGGUAAUUUAUAACCUAGUUGACACAGUAAUACUGUCAAAGGGUAACUUCUCCCAAAUUCGUACCUCUUAUGGGAUCUAGCCAUUCUUGCCACACGGUGGAUCUCACACAUACGCACAGGUCGAGUUGUGACCAUGCGAUGAUGUAGGCUGCACGUCCCAGUACAAAUUCGUUAUGUCGUCAAGCAAUCUGUUCCUUCUAUUUUCUCGCAGUUGAGUAAACUGAUCGUAGGUCAAUUUGGCUUGUCGCUUGUAGUUUCCUAACCUGAGGGUUGGUGCUUAGUUUUGUAACCAGUUUUUAUUUAUCCGUUUUCUGUUCUCACAGUUACGGUUCAUGCUGAACUACCACUAGACCGGUGAAUAAACCGGCGGUUUGCCGGGCUCAUUGCUGACUUAAACCAGGUGUUUUUUUGCUUCUUGCUGUGCUGUUAGCUCUCUGCUCUUGGAGGGAUGCAACUUCGGCAGUGAGUACUCGUUAAAUGGUAGGUUACUAGGGUAAGUUAAUCCGGUAGAGCUUUAGUGCAAAGCUGCUACCGUGACUAUGAUUUCAUGCCAUGUGUAUUUUUUAUUUCUAAAGAAGGAUGGCCGGUUCCAACCAAUCCUAGACCUGGGGCGGUUGAACAAGUUUUUAAAGGUUCUGCCAAUCCGAAUGUUGCAGAUGGCAGAUGUUGUCCAGUCAGUUGCACAGGGGGCCUGAUUUGUGUCAAUAGAGCUCAAUGAUGCCUAUUUGCGCUUAACACACACUACACCACAGGCAGUUCCUGAGGUUGGCCUUACGAGGGCAGGCUUACCAAUUCACAGUGAUGCCGUUCGGUCCCUCAGGGUGUUCCGUACUUAUGUCCCCUUCAAAUCUGGCUCAAUGGGCUCCACUUUGAUCCCAAGUCAGGGUGUCCAGCUUUUGUUGCCAAAAGAGGAAACCAGACCUCUCUCAUCUAGAGUGACGCAUCCAAAUCUGAAUCGCUCUCUGCUGUGUUUGUCUGGCCGUUGGAAGCCUGUCAUCCUGUGAACAGUCAGUGAUCCACACUGUGUUAAAUUUGAGGCCUCCCUCUACGCUAAUAUGUGGAAGCUUUUUUCCAAGCGGCACAAGACGUGGUGAGGUACCAAAGAGCUGCUCAGUGGCCAUCAUUCUGCGUUUCCUGCAGUCAUCGUUUGAUGGUGGUAGUUUCAGUAGGGCACGUGAGAGCAGACCACCAGACAGUGGGUGAACCUCUGUCAAAACAGACUUUCUAAUUGAAUUGUGGAUGUGAUUCUACACGCUUAUAGGUCUCUGGUCCUGCCUGCACCUAGUAAUGUAAAGUGCCAAUCUACUCGGAGUGUGUCUACGUCCUGGGCAGCCUGGAAAGGGGUCUCACAAAGACAUCUGUGUUACUGCAACCUGGCAAUCUUCAUGUAACUUUGCUCACUAACACGGCUGCUCAUCAUGCUACGUCAACGGCAAUCCUGUCAACGGCUUCCAUUCCUUAGUGCGGUAAGCGUUCCUCGUGACCUUGCUGGUAUAAUUCAUACAGUGCUGAAGCAAUGCUGUCUGGCGGUCAGGAAGAAUGAAAUGGAAUGAGAGUUACGAAUAUAGUGUGUGGGAACAGAUUCUUUGAUGGCAUUGGGUUUUGUACUGGGCCGUGCUCCUUAUGUCACCUCAGGUCACAGGUGACUUUGUUGGUAUGACAACUUGACCUGAGCAUAUGAGAAUGGUGAUCCAGCAUCAUAGAACCGUCGUUCCAUUUAUAAAUCUAAUUUUAUGAGAGCACAUUGUUUGAGUUAUCUGUGCUGAGAUUUCUGCCUCGACCCCAAUGAAAACAUCUCAUUGUGGAAACGGUAUCCCUGUCACUCUGUGGAUUAUUCAAAGAUCUUCUUUAUCUCAACCGAAACUAGCAUGCUCAUGGCUAGAUAGCACUAGGGGAAAGUGAAUCAAUGUUUUGUUUUCCUUAAUUUGGUUGGACUGACUGAGAAAUGUCAAUCUCAUAACAAGGGCACAUCGUCUACACCGGCUGACAAUUAAUCUAUUGGCCUUGGAUUAUUACAGUUUAAAAUAAAUCAGUAUGUGUAUACAAUCCUUUUAUGUAAUAUUGCUCCUGUUACGGAAGAUCAAUAUUUCAGUUAUGACUUGAACUUUCACGGUCCGAUUGAGGGCAGUAUUAGGGUCCUCUGACAACCCG